AUGUUGCUCUAUCAUGGAACAAAGUCUGAUCGAGUUGAUGGGAUACUUGCAAAUGGUUUUGAUGACCGUUAUUUCAAGAAUGACGGAGAAUUCGGACAUGGAGCAUAUUUUGCAGAUGAUCCGUCAAAGUCACAUGUGUUUACAGAUAAACAGGAAGUGCUUCAAGUUAUUCUUUUUACCAAAGUGUUAAUGGGCAAGAUGUUUAUAGUAGAUGGAAAUCUGAAACCAUCUACAACAACAAUGAACAGUGCCAAAAUUGGAUAUGAUUCAACGAAGGGAAAAGCCAGAACGCCGCAGCCUGAAUAUGUUGUGUAUAGAAGUGCGCAAGCUUUGCCGUACUAUAAAAUAACUUAUAUACAUCCAUAA